AUGAGCCAUUUGCAGAACUUACUGUUAGAUUCCCUCCUGGGCACCAAGCAUGUGGACAGCGCGGCCCUCAUCCAACUCCAGGAGCGGAACCUGUGUGUAGCAUCACCAGGGUUUAGUGUGAUGCCCAGUGACAUCCGGACACUUGUGAAUGGAUUCGCCAAGAGCCCUCUGCAAGCGCGAAGAGAAGGACUGUAUUUCAUGGACAGGGACUACAAAUGUGUCCGGGCAGAUGAGUAUUCUCUUUAUGCUAAGAAUGAAAACACUGGUGUGAUUGUCGUGAAGACCGGUCUGUAUCUUCUGGUGGCGACUUACACUGAGGGCAUGUAUCCCAGUGUCUGUGUGGAAGCCACAGAGAAGCUGGGGGAAUAUCUAAGAAGAAAAGGAAACUGAGUCAUCAGAAGACUGAAAGACAGCUUUUGUUAUUUUAGAAGAAAACUAUAGACCCUAAAGAAAAAUGCCUUAUUUUGUUGGUGAAAAAUAUUAGGCAGAAGAUACUAAAAAGGAAGAAUGAUUAAUAGAGCCAUGUUUCUUAUUUCAAAAGAUCAUUUUUAAUUGGAAUUAUUUGAUCAACUUGUGUUUUUUAAAUGUUGGUCAUUGGCAUGGGUGUAAGAACACUGAUAGUUUCAUAGAGCAUAUCUGUUGGGAGCAAUUAUACUAUUGUCUCUUUAUUAUUAACUAGAGGCCCGAUGCACGAAAUUCAUGCAAGAGUAGGCCUUCCUUCCCCCGGCUGCCAGCACCAGCUUCCCUCUGGCACCUGGGACCCGGGCUUCCUUCACAGCCCCAACUUUGUCCAGAAGGUCGUCCAGAAGGACGUCUGGUCUAAUUAGCAUAUUACUCUUUUAUUAUUAUAGAUUGCGGUAAAAUAGACAUAAUAUAAAAUUUAUCAUCCUAACCACUUUAAGGAUCCAGUUUGGUGGCAUUAAUUUAAGUACAUUUACAUUGUGCAAACAUCACCCGCCAUUCAUCUCCAGAACUCUUUUCAUCUAUAAAACUGAAACUCUAUACCCAGCAAACGCUAGCUCCCCAUUCCCCUCUCCCUUCAGCCCCUGGUAAUCAUUUUUCUACAUUCUGCCUCUGGAUUUGACUACUCGAGGUACCUCAUAUAAAUGGAACCAUACAAUAUUUGUCCUUUUAUUUCUGGUUAUUCACAUAGUAUGUAUUCAUGGUUUUCCAUGAAUGUAUUUAUGGUAUAUCCAUGUUGUACUAUGGUUUAUCCAUGUUUUCAUGGUUUAUUCGUGUUGUGUUGUAUUCAUGGUAUGCCCAUGCUGUACUAUGUGUCAAAAUUUUCUUUUUAAGGCUGCAUAAUAUUUCA